CUUCCCUUCCCAUAUAAAAACCCCCUUAACCCCCUCAUUUUUCCUCAGCUUGACGUUCCCUUCUUCAAGAGAACACCAAGCUUUAAAACCCAACCAAGAAAAAUAGAAAACAGAGAAAAGGAAAAAAAACACCAUCCAAACAGAUUCUCUGCUAUUUUCUCUUCUUCAUUUGUGUUAAUUGUUUGUUUGAUUAAUUCACAUAGGCAUUAUGCAGGCAAUCUCUCCACCUCAUCCACUUAAGUCGCUUGUCCCGACACGGCCCCGACUCAUCCAGCGAGUCGUUGGUCCUAGCAGACUUGUUCUCCAUUGCAUUUACCGUUCAGAUUCUUUUAAUUUUCCAAACGGCGUCGGUUCAAGCCGAGCUGAUUGGCAAAGCUCAUGCGCCAUAUUGGCGAGCAAAGUGGUUUCUCAAGAACAACCUACUGAUAAGUCUAGUGCCGGCGAUAACGGCGGCGCUGACCAUGUCGCCGCUGUCAACGGCCACAAGACUUCUCUUGACCUUAAUUUAGUUCCUCUUAAAGAUUCGUCAUCAUCGGCAAACGAUAACAAGCCGGUAAAGCCGUUAACAAUCACUGACCUCUCGCCGGCUCCGAUGCACGGUUCUCAACUUCGCGUUGCUUAUCAAGGUGUUCCCGGCGCCUACUCUGAGGCGGCUGCCGGAAAAGCUUACCCUAACUGUGAAGCGAUUCCUUGCGAUCAAUUUGAGGUCGCGUUUCAAGCGGUGGAGCUUUGGAUCGCAGAUCGAGCUGUUCUACCGGUGGAGAACUCUCUGGGGGGUUCUAUUCACCGGAACUAUGAUCUCCUCCUCCGUCACCGCCUUCACAUCGUCGGAGAAGUUCAGCUGCCUGUUCACCACUGUCUCUUAGCUCUUCCAGGUGUAAGGAAGGAGUACAUUACGCGUGUGAUUUCACAUCCACAAGCACUCGCUCAAUGUGAGUUAACACUCACAAAACUCGGUCUCCACGCGGCGCGUGAGGCAGUGGAUGAUACAGCCGGAGCAGCGGAGUACAUAGCCGCUAACAAUCUACGUGAUACGGCCGCGAUUGCAAGUGCACGCGCAGCGGAGUUAUAUGGAUUGCAGAUAUUAGCAGAUGGAAUACAGGAUGAUUCAAGUAACGUCACGCGCUUCGUGAUGUUGGCGCGUGAGCCGAUUAUUCCGCGAACGGAUCGGCCUUUUAAAACGAGUAUCGUGUUUGCUCAUGAUAAAGGGACGAGUGUGUUGUUUAAGGUGCUUUCAGCAUUUGCAUUUAGGAACAUAAGUUUGACAAAGAUUGAAUCAAGGCCGCAUAGGAACCGUCCGAUUAGAUUGGUUGAUGAUGCAAAUGUAGGGACAGCUAAGCAUUUUGAGUAUAUGUUUUAUGUUGAUUUUGAAGCUUCAAUGGCUGAAGUUAGGGCACAAAAUGCAUUAGCUGAAGUGCAAGAGUUCACUUCUUUUUUGAGGGUUUUGGGUAGCUAUCCCAUGGAUAUGACUCCUUGGUGCCCUUCAAGGGGAGAUUAGCAAAACCCACCCACCAAAAAAAACAGAAGCAAAAAGCCCUUACAAGUCUUGUUAUUUACAAAGAAAAGGGAAAUUAAUUUUAUUUUUAUUUUUAUUUUUAUUUUUUGUGAAUUUUCAAUUGAAGAAUGGGUGGAGAUGUUGGGGUAAAUAUAUAUUUUUAUUGAAGUGUUUUUUACUUGUAA